AUGUCUAGUCAAUCUACUUCCGGAAAAAUUAGUGAUUAUUACGAUUUAAAAGAAGAAUUAGGAAAAGGAGCUUUUUCUAUAGUAAGAAGAUGCACCCAGAAGAACACAGGUCAUGAGUUUGCAGCAAAAAUCAUUAACACUAAAAAACUGUCAGCUAGAGACCACCAGAAGUUAGAAAGAGAGGCCAGAAUAUGUCGAUUGUUGAAACAUCCCAACAUAGUUCGUCUGCAUGACAGCAUACAAGAUGAAGGAUUCCAUUACCUCAUAUUCGAUCUAGUUACGGGCGGCGAGUUGUUUGAGGACAUUGUUGCUAGGGAAUUCUAUUCCGAAGCUGAUGCCAGCAACUGCAUGCAGCAGAUACUGGAGAGCGUGGAUUACUGCCAUCAGAUGAACAUUGUACACCGAGAUCUCAAGCCUGAAAAUUUGUUGCUGGCCAGCAAACUGAAAGGAGCAGCAGUGAAGUUGGCAGAUUUUGGACUGGCCAUCGAAGUCCAGGGCGAGCAGCAAUCGUGGUUUGGUUUCGCUGGGACUCCAGGCUAUCUGUCACCUGAGGUAUUGAGGAAGGAUCCAUACGGCAAGGCUGUUGAUGUUUGGGCCUGUGGAGUGAUCCUGUACAUAUUGCUGGUCGGCUACCCUCCCUUCUGGGACGAGGAUCAGCACAAGUUGUAUGCACAGAUCAAAGCUGGAGCAUUUGAUUAUCCAUCUCCAGAGUGGGACACAGUGACCACGGAGGCAAAAACUCUCAUCAACAACAUGUUAACUGUCAAUCCAUCAAAGAGAAUCACAGCAUCACAGGCACUCAAACACCCUUGGAUUAGUCAAAGAGAAAGAGUAGCAGCAAUGGUGCACAGACAACAAACAGUUGAUUCCUUAAGAAAAUUCAACGCCAGAAGAAAAUUAAAGGGAGCCAUUUUGACAACCAUGCUGGCAACCAGCAAUUUUUCAAAUCGAAGUUUAAUGACCAAGAAAACAGAUGGAAUAAAGGAGUCAUCAGAUAACAGUGUUACAAUUGAAGAUGACGACAGAGGUCGCAAGCAGGAGAUAAUAAAGUUGACUGAAGUAGUCACGUCUGCCAUGUUGCGAGGAGACUUUGACACGUUCUCCAAAUUGGUAGAUCCUCAGAUGACGUGCAUCCAGCCUGAAUCGAAUGGCAACUUAGUAGGCGGACUGAGUUUCCAUCGAUUCUACUUUGACAACGUGCUUGUAAAGAACAACAAGAUAAUAAAUACAUUCAUCCUGAAGCCGUAUGUUCACUUCUUAUCUGAAGAAGCUGCCUGCAUUGCUUACACCAGACUCACUCAGUACAUUGACAGGAAUGGCACCCCGACGACCAUCCAUUCAGAGGAGACGAGAGUGUGGCAGAAGCAAGGGAGGAGAUGGUUGAACGUUCACUACCACUGCUCUGGUGCCCCUGCCAUCCCCUGCUGCAAGUGA